AUGGGCAACGGUGCAAAGGCUCAGCAAAAACGCGAGCGCAACGCGGACAAGAAUGGGGCGAAGGGUGCGAGCAGCCAGAAGAAGGUCAACGAGGCGGCCAAGAACAUCAUAUGUACCGUCUGCAGACAGCCAUUCCUCGUCACCACACGUGCCCCGGCGCUUGAGCAGCACGCACUCUACUUACCUCACGCUCGACUGCAUUCUUCCAUAUCGUCUAUGUUGCCACCGCUGAUUGCGCAUAGACCUUCCUAG